CUGAUCGAGGGAUCCAAGAAACCCUCCAGAGAGAAAGAAAUCACCAAACUCUCUUGAAAAUUCUUCUUCUGAUUAGAUCUCCAAUUCUCCCUCUCCAAACCGAUCUCGAAUCUUCGCUUUCCUUCUCGCCAAUUCCCUCGGAGAGCAAAAUCUCCGCGUGCCGCCGGUUUUCAGCCGCCCGAUUCGGCAGACACCACAGGAGACGAGGAUUGGAAAAAAGGAUUUCGCAUGAGCUGGUUGGGAAACCUGGAUUUUCCGUCUUCGAAUUCCAACCAUUUCAUAACCUGUUUAUUGAUCUUCAUUCUCCAUUAUUCCCCUCAAUUGCCUCUUUCUCUGUUUAAAUUUGAGCAAAAACCAAUAUUCCUGUCAAUUUCAUUUUUAGAUCCUAAUCGUAAUCUUCGGUUAUCUUUUAAACAUGGAAUCUGGAGACAGGAGUAAUCGCCAACUGCGUUCAGCUGUCUGCUAUUCAAAUGUUGAGGCGCAAGCAAGGUCGCCAUCCGUCAUCGUCAUAGGGGCUGGUAUGGCUGGACUCGCAGCCGCUCGCACUCUUCGCGAUGCGUCAUUUCAGGUACUUCUGCUGGAAUCUCGGGAUAGAAUUGGCGGUCGGGUUUGUACUGAUUACUCAUUUGGUUUUCCAGUUGACCUGGGGGCGUCAUGGUUGCAUGGCGUCAGCAAAGAGAAUCCUUUGGCACCGUUGAUUGGAAGACUAGGACUGCCCCUGUAUCGUACUAGCGGUGAUAACUCCGUGUUGUAUGACCAUGAUUUGGAAAGCUAUGCGCUUUUUGAUAUGGAUGGGAACCAAGUUCCUCAAGAGUUGGUUAAGAAAGUUGGCGAAGCAUUUGAGAAUAUCUUGAAAGAGACGGAUAAGGUCAGACAGGAGCAGAAUGAAGACAUGUCCAUACUUCGUGCUUUCUCCAUUGUUUUAGAAAGGAGACCAGAAUUAAGGUUGGAGGGGCUUGCUCACAAAGUGUUGCAAUGGUAUUUAUGUAGAAUGGAAGGCUGGUUUGCUGCAGAUGCUGAUACCAUCUCACUUAAAUCCUGGGAUCAGGAAGUUUUGCUCCCUGGUGGUCAUGGGCUUAUGGUCAGGGGCUAUCUUCCCGUGAUAAACACCCUUGCCAAAGGUCUAGACAUCCGCUUGGCCCACAGGGUUACAAGAGUAGCAAGGCGUUAUAACGGGGUGAAGGUGACAGUAGAAGAUGGUAGCACAUUCGUGGCGGAUGCUGCUAUCAUUGCUGUUCCUCUUGGUGUGCUCAAGUCAGGAAGCAUCGAGUUUGAACCAAAGCUUCCAGAGUGGAAAAGAGCUGCCAUUGAUGACCUUGGGGUGGGAAUUGAGAAUAAAAUAGUAUUGCAUUUUGACAAGGUGUUCUGGCCAAAUGUCGAAUUUCUGGGUGUGGUUGCAGAUACAUCUUAUGGGUGCAGUUACUUUCUAAACCUACACAAAGCCACAGGUCAUUCUGUUCUUGUUUACAUGCCUGCUGGGCAGCUUGCUAAAGACAUUGAGAAAAUGUCUGAUGAGGCAGCGGCUAAUUUUGCGUUUGUUGAACUCAAGAGAAUCCUUCCCGAGGCUACCACACCGAUUCAGUAUCUUGUGUCUCGAUGGGGUUCAGAUGUUAACUCACUUGGUUCCUAUAGCUAUGAUACAGUAGGAAAACCCCAUGAUCUGUAUGAGAGGCUACGGGUACCGGUAGAUAACCUAUUCUUUGCAGGGGAAGCUACGAGUGUGGACUACCCUGGGUCGGUACACGGUGCAUUCUCAACUGGCCUGAUGGCUGGUGAAGACUGCAGGAUGCGUGUGUUGGCACAUUAUGGCGAACUGGACUUGUUCCAGCCGGUAAUGGGUGAAGAAUCCCCAGUGUCUGUCCCACUCUUGAUAUCCCGUAUGUAGAUGCAUUUACAGGGGAUCAGCUAUACAUUGUCGCCAACUUAAUUAUUAGCCUGUUGGGAGUGUGUUAAUCUGAAGCAACCAUUUUUACCCAACACUCCAUUCAGUCAGUGUGUAGUAGUCUCCUCUGUAUGGCAUGGCAUACCUACAAGUAUUUACUGAUGUUUGGACAAACAUAAAAUAAAUAUGAAUGAAGACCCUAUUUUGUGUGGAAUACCUAUAAAUUACUCAUCCUUAGAUUUGAUUACUGGACAAGCAUAAAUAUUAUGUAGAUGAACCGAGUAUACUGGAUUGGAUUAGUGUUGUGUAAUUUUAAGAACACAUUCGGUUUGCUCUCUCAUGUAAACAAAUUCUAAAUUGAAUACGAAAGUUUUAGUGAUGAUA